GCUACACACACAAGUGACCCAGACCAAAUACAGAGUCAAUGUCACAGUCAUUGUGCCUCUAUAUAAAGCGAUACCUAACAACACAAUGGUUCAAGCUCACAUCAUUGUACCACCUAAAGGACUUGAACUUUUAUUGGAUUUUAUCUGUCUGACUGAAAGAUGGGGGACGCCCUGAUGGCAGAGUUCGGACCUGCUGCUUCCUUUCUGCGUAAGUCAGACAAGGAGCGCCUGGAGGCCCAGACUCGCAUCUUCGACAUGAAGAAGGAAUGCUUUGUGCCUGAUGCUGAGGUUGAGUACGUCAAAGCCUCUAUCACCAGUAGAGACGGUGACAAAGUCACUGUUAACACUGAAUUUGGAAAGACAGUAACUGUGAAGGACAUUGAUGUUCAUCCACAAAACCCGCCAAAGUUUGAUAAAAUUGAGGACAUGGCGAUGUUCACCUUCCUGCAUGAGCCCGCUGUGCUGUUUAACCUCAAAGAGCGUUACGCAGCUUGGAUGAUCUACACCUACUCUGGGCUCUUCUGUGUCACUGUCAACCCCUACAAGGGGCUACCAGUGUACAACCAGGAAGUGGUCACUGCCUACAGAGGAAAGAAACGAACUGAGGCUCCUCCUCACAUCUUCUCCAUCUCUGACAACGCCUACCAAUACAUGCUGUCAGACAGAGAAAACCAGUCUGUCCUGAUCACUGGAGAAUCCGGUGCUGGAAAGACUGUGAACACUAAAAGAGUCAUCCAGUACUUUGCCAGCAUUGCUGCAGCACCAACCAAGAAGGAUGCAUCAAUGGAGAAAAAGGGAACUCUGGAGGAUCAAAUCAUCCAGUGUAAUCCUGCUCUGGAGGCUUUUGGUAAUGCCAAGACCAUUAGAAAUGACAACUCUUCCAGAUUCGGUAAAUUUAUCCGUAUCCAUUUUGGAAUCAGUGGAAAGUUAGCUUCUGCUGACAUUGAGACUUAUCUGCUGGAGAAGUCUCGUGUCACUUUUCAGCUCAAGGCUGAGAGAGACUACCACAUCUUCUACCAGAUCCUCUCCCAGAGAAAACCAGAACUGCUAGAGAUGCUGCUCAUCACCAACAACCCCUAUGACUACUCCUUCAUCUCCCAAGGAGAGACACAAGUGCAAUCUAUUGAUGACCGUGACGAGCUGAUGGCCACUGAUGAAGCAUUUGAUGUGCUGGGCUUCACUACAGAUGAAAAGGCAGGCAUCUACAAGCUGACUGGUGCUGUCAUGCACUACGGCAACAUGAGGUUCAAGCAGAAGCAGCGAGAGGAACAGGCAGAGGCUGAUGGGACUGAGGAUGCUGACAAAGUCGCAUAUCUGAUGGGUCUGAACUCUGCUGAUCUCAUCAAGGGUUUGUGCCACCCGAGAGUCAAAGUAGGAAAUGAGUGGGUCACCAAGGGACAGAGUGUCCAACAGGUGUACUACUCUAUUGGUGCUCUGGCAAAGUCAGUGUACGAGAAGAUGUUCUUGUGGAUGGUUGUGAGAAUCAACCAAUCCCUGGACACCAAACAGCCUCGCCAGUACUUCAUUGGUGUGCUGGACAUUGCUGGAUUUGAGAUCUUUGAUUACAACACGUUUGAGCAGCUGUGCAUCAACUUCACUAAUGAGAAGUUGCAGCAGUUCUUCAACCAUCACAUGUUUGUUCUGGAGCAAGAGGAAUACAAGAAGGAGGGUAUUGAAUGGGUGUUCAUUGACUUUGGCAUGGACUUAGCGGCUUGUAUUGAGUUAAUUGAGAAGCCCAUGGGUAUCAUGUCCAUCCUUGAAGAGGAGUGCAUGUUCCCCAAAGCCAGUGAUGCAACAUUCAAAUCUAAGCUUUAUGACAACCACUUGGGCAAAAGUCCUAACUUCCAGAAGCCCAGGAUUGUCAAGGGUAAACCAGAGGCGCAUUUCUCCCUGGUUCACUACGCUGGCAUUGUUGACUACAACAUCUCAAACUGGCUGGUGAAGAACAAGGACCCUCUCAAUGAGACGGUUGUAGGGUUGUUCCAGAAGUCCACCAUGAAACUGCUUUCUGUCCUAUUUGCUAAUUAUGCUGCUAGUGAUGCAGAUUCUGGAGCUAAGAGUGCCAAAGGAGGUACCAAAAAGAAGGGUUCUUCAUUCCAAACAGUGUCAGCCCUCCAUAGGGAGAACCUGCACAAGCUCAUGACCAACUUGAAGUCAACUCACCCUCAUUUUGUGCGUUGCCUGAUUCCCAAUGAGACUAAGACUCCUGGGGCGAUGGAGAAUCCUCUGGUCAUGCACCAGCUGCGCUGUAACGGUGUGCUGGAGGGCAUCAGAAUCUGCAGAAAGGGCUUCCCCAACAGGAUCCUGUAUGGAGAUUUCAAACAACGGUACCGGAUCCUAAAUCCAGCGGCUAUCCCUGAGGGACAGUUCAUUGAUAAUAAGAAGGGUGCAGAAAAGCUUCUGGGUUCUCUUGACAUUGAUCACAGCCAGUACAAGUUAGGACACACUAAGGUGUUCUUCAAGGCUGGUCUUCUGGGAACUCUUGAAGAGAUGAGAGACGACCGUCUUGCACUUAUUAUUACUGGAAUUCAGUCCAGAUCUCGUGGUUUUCUAUCAAGAAUGGAAUUCCAGAAAAUUGUGGAGAGAAGAGAUGCCUUGCUUGUGAUUCAGUGGAACAUCCGUGCCUUCAUGGGGGUCAAGAAUUGGCCUUGGAUGAAGCUCUACUUCAAGAUCAAGCCUCUGCUGAAAUCUGCUGAGACUGAGAAAGAGAUGGCCAACAUGAAGGAAGAAUUCCUGAAGUUGAAGGAGGUUUACGCCAAAACUGAAGCUCGCAGAAAGGAGCUUGAGGAAAAGAUGGUUUCCAUUCUCCAAGAGAAGAAUGACCUUCAGCUUGCAAUGCAGUCUGAGCAAGAUAAUCUUGCAGAUGCUGAGGAGAGAUGUGAGGGUCUGAUCAAGAGCAAGAUUCAGUUUGAAGGUAAAGUCAAAGAAAUGACUGAGAGACUGGAGGAUGAAGAAGAAAUGAAUGCUGAGCUGACUGCCAAGAAACGAAAGCUGGAGGAUGAAUGUUCUGAGCUCAAGAAGGACAUUGAUGAUCUUGAGCUCACUCUGGCCAAAGUGGAAAAAGAGAAACAUGCCACUGAGAACAAGGUUAAAAACCUGACAGAAGAGAUGGCAGCAUUGGAUGAGAUCAUUGCUAAGCUGACCAAAGAGAAGAAAGCUCUGCAGGAGGCCCAUCAGCAAACACUGGAUGACCUCCAGAGUGAGGAAGACAAAGUCAACACACUGACCAAAGCCAAAGCCAAGCUGGAGCAACAAGUGGAUGAUCUUGAAGGUUCUCUGGAACAAGAAAAGAAAAUUCGCAUGGAUCUUGAGAGAGUUAAAAGAAAGCUUGAGGGUGACUUGAAGUUGACUCAAGAAAAUUUGAUGGAUUUAGAAAAUGAUAAGCAGCAGAUGGAUGAGCGGAUAAAGAAAAAAGAUUUUGAGAUCAGCCAGCUCAACAGCAAGAUUGAAGAUUGUCAGGUUAUAGAAUCCCAACUCCAGAAGAAACUGAAGGAGCUGCAGGCCCGAAUUGAAGAGCUGGAGGAAGAGCUGGAGGCUGAGAGAGCCGCUCGUGCCAAAGUUGAGAAACAGAGAGCUGAUCUUUCCAGAGAACUGGAGGAGAUCAGUGAGAGGUUGGAGGAGGCUGGUGGAGCCACUGCUGCCCAGGUUGAAAUGAACAAGAAACGUGAAGCCGAGUUACAGAAGCUGCGCAGAGACCUUGAAGAGGCCACUCUGCAACACGAGGCUACCGCUGCUACACUGAGGAAGAAACAUUCCGACAGCGUGGCCGAUCUGGGAGAACAGAUUGACAACCUUCAGAGAGUGAAGCAGAAGCUGGAGAAAGAGAAGAGUGAACUCAGACUGGAACUGGAUGAUGUGGUCUCCAACAUGGAUCAGCUUGUAAAGGCCAAGGCAAAUCUGGAGAAAUUGUGCAGAACUCUGGAAGACCAGAUGAGUGAGUACAGAACCAAGAGUGAGGAAGGCCAGCGCACAAUCAAUGACUUCACCAUGCAAAAAGCCAAGCUGCAAACUGAGAAUGGUGAACUGUCCAGACAGCUAGAGGAGAAAGACUCCCUGGUGUCUCAGUUGACCAGAGGCAAGCAGUCCUACACUCAGCAGGCUGAAGACCUCAAGAGACAGCUAGAGGAAGAGAUCAAGGCUAAGAAUGCCCUGGCCCAUGCAGUUCAAUCUGCUCGUCAUGAUUCUGAUCUGCUGAGGGAACAGUACGAGGAGGAACAGGAAGCCAAAGCUGAGCUGCAGCGGAGUCUGUCCAAGGCAAACUCUGAGGUGGCUCAGUGGAGAACUAAGUAUGAAACUGAUGCCAUCCAGAGGACGGAAGAGCUGGAGGAAGCCAAGAAAAAACUGGCUCAGCGUCUGCAAGAUGCAGAAGAAGCUGUGGAAGCAGUCAAUGCUAAAUGCUCCUCUCUGGAGAAGACCAAGCACAGGCUGCAGAAUGAGAUUGAAGAUCUCAUGGUGGAUGUGGAGAGAUCCAAUGCUGCUGCCGCUGCUCUGGACAAGAAGCAAAGAAACUUUGACAAGGUUCUGGCUGAGUGGAAGCAAAAGUAUGAGGAGUCCCAAUCUGAACUGGAAAGUGCUCAAAAAGAAGCUAGAUCUCUGAGCACUGAACUCUUUAAAUUGAAAAACGCAUAUGAAGAGUCACUGGACCACCUGGAGACCAUGAAGAGGGAGAACAAGAAUCUCCAAGAGGAAAUCUCUGACCUCACUGAGCAACUUGGUGAGAGUGGGAAGAAUAUUCAUGAGCUGGAGAAACUUAGGAAACAACUGGAGCAGGAGAAACAAGAGAUACAAUCUGCUUUGGAGGAGGCUGAGGGUUCCCUUGAACAUGAGGAAAGCAAGAUCCUUAGAGCUCAGCUGGAAUUCAAUCAGAUCAAAGCUGAUAUUGAACGUAAACUGGCUGAGAAAGAUGAAGAGAUGGAGCAGUCCAAGAGGAAUCAGCAGAGAAUGAUUGAUACCCUUCAGACCUCACUGGAAUCAGAGACUCGCAGCAGGAAUGAAGCUCUCAGACUGAAGAAGAAGAUGGAGGGAGACCUCAAUGAGAUGGAGAUUCAGCUCAGCCAGGCUAACAGACUGGCAUCAGAAUCUCAGAAACAACUCAAGGGACUUCAUGGACAUCUUAAAGACUCCCAACUGCAGCUGGAUGACGCUCUGCGCAGUAAUGAUGAUUUCAAAGAGAACAUCGCAAUUGUGGAGAGACGUAACAAUCUGCUGCAGGCUGAACUGGAUGAGCUGAGAUCAAUGGUGGAACAGACUGAGAGAGGAAGGAAACUGGCUGAGCAGGAACUGCUGGACAUCAGUGAGAGAGUCCAGCUCCUGCAUUCUCAGAAUACCAGUCUGCUGAAUCAGAAGAAGAAGCUGGAGGGAGAUAAUUCUCAGCUUCAGACUGAGGUUGAGGAAGCAGUGCAGGAGUGCAGGAAUGCGGAGGAAAAAGCCAAGAAGGCCAUCACUGAUGCUGCCAUGAUGGCAGAAGAGCUGAAGAAGGAGCAGGACACCAGUGCUCAUCUGGAGCGCAUGAAGAAAAACAUGGAGCAGACCAUCAAGGACCUACAGCACCGUCUGGAUGAAGCUGAGCAGAUCGCAAUGAAGGGAGGCAAGAAGCAGGUCCAGAAACUGGAAGCCAGGGUGAGAGAGCUGGAAAGUGAGGUGGAGAUAGAACAGAGAAAGGCCAGUGACUCUGUCAAGGGGAUUCGUAAAUAUGAAAGACGCAUCAAAGAACUCACCUACCAGACUGAGGAGGACCGUAAGAAUCUGGCUCGCCUGCAGGACUUGGUGGACAAACUCCAGCUGAAGGUCAAGUCCUACAAGAGAGUUGCUGAAGAGGCUGAAGAACAAGCAAAUUCUAGCCUGGGCAAGUUCCGUAAGAUCCAGCAUGAGCUGGAUGAAGCAGAGGAGAGGGCUGAUAUUGCUGAAUCUCAGGUCAACAAGCUGAGAGUCAAGAGUCGUGAUACAGGAUCCAAGAAGGGGGCUGAUGAGGAGAUAGAGGAAAAACAAUGGGAUGUCAACAAGUGCAAGAGCCUGAGGUCCAGUGACAAUGGAGCCGUAGGUUUCAGAAUGUCUGACGCCGUCAUGGCAGAGUUUGGGACAGCUGCCUCCUUCCUGCGUAAGUCAGACAAGGAGCGUCUGGAGGCCCAGACUCGGCCCUUCGACAUGAAGAAGGAAUGCUUUGUGCCUGAUCCCGAGGUUGAGUACGUCAAAGCCUCGAUCACCAGUAGAGAUGGUGACAAAGUCACUGUUGAAACUGAAUUUGGAAAGACUCUGACUUUCAAGGAGGCUGAUGUUCAUCCUCAGAACCCGCCAAAGUUUGAUAAAAUUGAGGACAUGGCGAUGUUCACCUUCCUGCAUGAGCCCGCCGUGCUGUUUAACCUCAAAGAGCGUUACGCAGCCUGGAUGAUCUAUACCUAUUCAGGGCUGUUCUGUGUCACUGUCAACCCCUACAAGUGGCUGCCGGUGUACGAUGCCUCUGUGGUCAAAGCCUACAGAGGAAAGAAGAGGACUGAAGCUCCUCCUCACAUCUUCUCCAUCUCUGACAACGCCUACCAGUACAUGCUGUCAGACAGAGAGAACCAGUCUGUCCUGAUCACUGGAGAAUCCGGUGCUGGAAAGACUGUGAACACCAAAAGAGUCAUCCAGUACUUUGCCAGCAUUGCUGCUGUCUCUGGGAAAAAAGAUGCAGCUUCUGAGAAGAAGGUACUAAAAUAAAACUUAAAUAUUUCUUCAUUUUUUAAAUGUUAUUGUGUUCAUUUGAAGAUUUUAAAAAUGAAAUUAUUUGUUUAGGGUACUUUGGAGGAUCAAAUCAUCCAAGCUAACCCUGCCCUGGAGGCCUUUGGCAACGCCAAGACCAUCAGAAAUGACAACUCCUCCCGAUUCGGUAAAUUCAUCCGAAUUCACUUUGGUGUAAGUGGAAAAUUGGCUUCUGCAGAUAUUGAAACUUAUCUGCUUGAGAAGUCUCGUGUCACUUAUCAGCUCAAGGCUGAGAGAGACUACCACAUCUUCUACCAGAUCCUGUCUCAGAAGAAGCCAGAACUGCUGGAGAUGCUGCUCAUCACCAACAACCCUUAUGACUACUCCUUCAUCUCCCAAGGAGAGACACAAGUGGCGUCCAUUGAUGAUGCUGAAGAACUGAUUGCCACUGAUGAAGCUUUUGAUGUGCUGGGCUUCACUCCAGAUGAAAAGGCAGGCAUCUACAAGCUGACUGGUGCUGUCAUGCACUACGGCAACAUGAAGUUCAAGCAGAAGCAGAGAGAGGAACAGGCAGAGGCUGAUGGGACUGAGGAUGCUGACAAAGUCGCAUAUCUGAUGGGCCUGAACUCUGCUGAUCUCAUCAAGGGUUUGUGCCACCCGAGAGUCAAAGUAGGAAAUGAGUGGGUCACCAAGGGACAGAGUGUCCAACAGGUGUACUACUCUAUUGGUGCUCUGGCAAAGUCAGUGUACGAGAAGAUGUUCUUGUGGAUGGUUGUGAGAAUCAACCAAUCCCUGGACACUAAACAGCCUCGUCAGUACUUCAUUGGUGUGCUGGACAUUGCCGGAUUUGAGAUCUUUGAUUUCAACACCUUUGAGCAGCUGUGCAUCAACUUCACUAAUGAGAAGUUGCAGCAGUUCUUCAACCAUCACAUGUUUGUGCUGGAGCAAGAGGAAUACAAGAAGGAGGGUAUUGAGUGGGAGUUCAUUGACUUUGGCAUGGACUUAGCGGCUUGUAUUGAGUUAAUUGAGAAGCCUAUGGGUAUUAUGUCCAUUCUUGAAGAGGAGUGCAUGUUCCCCAAAGCCAGUGAUGCAACUUUCAAAGCUAAGCUUUAUGACAACCACUUGGGUAAGAAUCCCACUUUCCAGAAGCCCAGGAUUGUCAAGGGUAAACCAGAGGCGCAUUUCUCCUUGGUUCACUACGCUGGCAUUGUUGACUACAACAUUUCAAACUGGCUGGUGAAGAACAAGGAUCCUCUUAAUGAGACGGUUGUUGGACUCUUCCAAAAGUCUACUGUGAAGCUGCUGUCGGUCCUGUUUGCUGGAUAUUCUGGGGCUGACUCAGCCCAAGAUGCCAAGGGAGGUAAAGGAGGUGGCAAAAAGAAGGGGUCGUCUUUCCAGACUGUGUCAGCCCUUCAUAGAGAGAACUUGAACAAGUUGAUGACCAACUUGAGGUCAACUCACCCUCAUUUUGUGCGUUGCCUGAUUCCCAAUGAGACUAAGACUCCUGGGGCGAUGGAGAAUCCUCUGGUCAUGCACCAGCUGCGCUGUAACGGUGUGCUGGAGGGCAUCAGAAUCUGCAGAAAGGGCUUCCCCAACAGGAUCCUGUAUGGAGAUUUCAAGCAGAGAUACCGUAUUCUGAAUCCAUCUGCUAUCCCCGAGGGUCAGUUCAUUGACAACAAGAAAGCUGCUGAGAAACUGCUGGGCUCACUGGACCUUGACCACAGCCAGUACAAGUUAGGACAUACUAAGGUGUUCUUCAAGGCUGGUCUCCUGGGUACUCUUGAAGAGUUGAGAGAUGACCGUCUUGCUCUCAUCAUUACUGGUAUUCAAGCAAGAGCUCGGGGUAUUCUCUCAAGAAUUGAGUUCCAGAAAAUUGUUGAGCGCAGAGAUUCUUUGUUGGUGAUCCAGUGGAACGUACGUGCCUUCAUGGGUGUCAAGAACUGGCCCUGGAUGAAGCUCUACUUCAAGAUUAAGCCUCUGCUUAAAUCAGCAGAGACUGAGAAAGAAAUGGCCAACAUGAAGGAAGAGUUCACCAAGCUGAAAGAGGCUUAUGCAAAAUCUGAAGCCCGCAAAAAGGAACUUGAGGAAAAGAUGGUUUCUCUUCUCCAAGAGAAAAAUGACCUUCAACUUGCAAUGCAGUCUGAGCAAGAUAAUCUUUGCGAUGCUGAGGAGAGAUGUGAGGGUCUGAUCAAGAGCAAGAUACAGCUUGAGGCCAAAGUCAAAGAGCUGACUGAGAGACUGGAGGAUGAAGAAGAAAUGAAUGCAGAGUUGGUUGCAAAGAAACGAAAGCUGGAGGAUGAAUGUUCUGAGCUCAAGAAGGACAUUGAUGAUCUUGAACUCACUCUGGCCAAAGUGGAAAAAGAGAAACACGCCACUGAGAACAAGGUUAAAAAUCUCACUGAGGAAAUGUCAGCACUUGAUGAGAUCAUUGCUAAGCUGACCAAAGAGAAGAAAGCUCUGCAGGAGGCCCAUCAGCAAACACUAGAUGACCUCCAGAGUGAGGAAGACAAAGUCAACACACUCACCAAAGCCAAAGCCAAGCUGGAGCAACAAGUGGAUGAUCUUGAGGGAUCUUUGGAGCAAGAAAAGAAGCUACGUAUGGAUCUUGAGAGGGCAAAGAGAAAGCUGGAGGGUGAUUUAAAAUUGACUCAGGAAAGCGUUAUGGACUUGGAAAAUGAUAAACAGCAAAUGGAAGAGAAGCUGAAGAAGAAGGACUUUGAAAUGGGCCAGCUCAAUAGCAAAAUUGAGGAUGAACAAGCCCUUGGUGCCCAGCUCCAGAAGAAACUGAAGGAGCUUCAGGCUCGGAUUGAAGAGCUGGAGGAAGAGCUGGAGGCUGAGAGAGCCGCUCGUGCCAAAGUUGAGAAACAGAGAGCUGAUCUGUCCAGAGAACUGGAGGAGAUCAGUGAGAGGUUGGAGGAGGCUGGUGGAGCAACUGCUGUCCAGAUUGAGAUGAACAAGAAACGUGAAGCUGAGUUCCAGAAGCUGCGCAGAGACCUUGAAGAGGCCACUCUGCAACACGAGGCUACCGCUGCUACACUGAGGAAGAAACAUUCCGACAGCGUGGCCGAUCUGGGAGAACAGAUUGACAACCUUCAGAGAGUGAAGCAGAAGCUGGAGAAAGAGAAGAGUGAACUGAAGUUAGAGCUUGAUGAUGUGGUGUCCAACAUGGAGCAGAUUGUCAAGUCAAAGAGCAACCUGGAGAAAAUGUGCAGAACACUGGAAGACCAGAUGAGUGAGUACAGAACCAAGAGUGAGGAAGGCCAGCGCACAAUCAAUGACUUCACCAUGCAAAAAGCCAAGCUGCAAACUGAGAAUGGUGAACUGUCCAGACAGCUAGAGGAUAAAGACUCCCUGGUGUCUCAGUUGACCAGAGGCAAGCAGUCCUACACUCAGCAAAUUGAAGACCUCAAGAGACAGCUAGAGGAAGAGAUCAAGGCUAAGAAUGCCUUGGCCCAUGCAGUUCAAUCUGCUCGUCAUGAUUCUGAUCUGCUGAGGGAACAGUACGAGGAGGAGCAGGAAGCCAAAGCUGAGCUGCAGCGGAGUCUGUCCAAGGCAAACUCUGAGGUGGCUCAGUGGAGAACUAAGUAUGAAACCGAUGCCAUCCAAAGAACGGAAGAGCUGGAGGAUGCUAAGAAGAAACUGGCUCAGCGUCUGCAAGAUGCAGAAGAAGCUGUGGAAGCGGUCAAUGCUAAAUGCUCCUCUCUGGAGAAGACCAAGCACAGGCUGCAGAAUGAGAUUGAAGAUCUCAUGGUGGAUGUGGAGAGAUCCAAUGCUGCUGCCGCUGCUCUGGACAAGAAGCAAAGAAACUUUGACAAGGUUUUGGCUGAGUGGAAGCAAAAGUAUGAAGAGUCUCAAAGUGAACUAGAAAGUGUCCAGAAGGAGUCUAGAUCUCUGAGCACUGAACUGUUCAAACUGAAGAACUCUUAUGAAGAGGUCCUGGAUCAACUUGAGACCAUGAAGAGAGAGAACAAGAACCUCCAAGAGGAAAUCUCUGACCUCACUGAGCAACUUGGAGAGUCAGGAAAAAGCAUCCAUGAGUUGGAGAAAAUUAGAAAGCAGCUGGAGCAGGAAAAAGCAGAGAUCCAGACAGCCUUGGAGGAGGCUGAGGGCUCACUUGAACAUGAGGAAGGGAAGAUCUUGAGAGCUCAACUGGAGUUCAAUCAAGUAAAGGCCGAUAUUGAACGUAAACUGACUGAGAAAGAUGAAGAGAUGGAGCAGUCCAAGAGGAACCAGCAGAGAAUGAUUGAUACUCUUCAGAGCUCACUGGAAUCAGAGACUCGCAGCAGGAAUGAAGCUCUCAGACUGAAGAAGAAGAUGGAGGGAGACCUCAAUGAGAUGGAGAUUCAGCUCAGCCAGGCUAACAGAAUGGCAUCAGAAGCCCAGAAGCAACUCAAGGGUCUUCAUGGACAUCUCAAGGAUUCCCAGCUGCAGCUGGAUGACGCUCUGCGCAGUAAUGAUGAUCUCAAAGAGAACAUCGCCAUCGUGGAGAGACGCAACAAUCUGCUGCAGGCUGAACUGGAUGAGCUGAGAUCAAUGGUGGAACAGACUGAGAGAGGAAGGAAACUGGCUGAGCAGGAACUGCUGGACGUCAGCGAGAGAGUUCAGCUCCUGCAUUCUCAGAACACCAGUCUGCUGAAUCAGAAGAAGAAGCUGGAGGGAGAUAAUACUCAGCUUCAGACUGAGGUUGAGGAGGCAGUGCAGGAGUGCAGGAACGCUGAGGAAAAAGCCAAGAAGGCCAUCACUGAUGCUGCCAUGAUGGCAGAAGAGCUGAAGAAGGAGCAGGACACCAGCGCUCAUCUGGAGCGCAUGAAAAAGAACAUGGAGCAGACCAUCAAGGACCUGCAGCACCGUCUGGAUGAAGCUGAGCAGAUCGCAAUGAAGGGAGGCAAGAAGCAGGUCCAGAAACUGGAAGCCAGGGUGAGAGAGCUGGAAAAUGAAGUGGAGCUGGAACAAAGAAAGGCGAGCGAGUCUGUGAAAGGAGUGCGUAAAUAUGAGAGACGCAUCAAGGAGCUCACCUACCAGACUGAGGAGGACCGUAAGAAUCUGGCACGUCUUCAAGACCUUGUAGACAAACUCCAGCUGAAGGUCAAGUCCUACAAGAGAGCGGCUGAGGAAGCUGAGGAACAGGCGAAUGCAAACCUGGGCAAGUUCCGUAAGAUUCAGCAUGAGCUGGAUGAAGCAGAAGAGAGAGCUGAUAUUGCUGAGUCUCAGGUCAACAAGCUAAGAGCCAAGAGCCGUGAUUCAGGAUCCAAGAAAGGACAUGAUGAAGAGUAAUCCCCCAAUAUAAAGAUUUUGUUUGCUGUGAAACCACAUUGAUAUACUGGUUCUGAUGAAGCAAUAAACUUUUUUUUUAAUAGCAAUUCUAAA